AUGGCAGGAUAUCAAAAUAACUAUGCUAAUUAUUAUACAACAACAUCAAAUAAUAAUAAUCCACCUCAACGUUCUCAUCCUUCUCAACGUUCACAACGUCAACAAACGUAUGAUUAUACCUCACCAAGACCAGGAAUUCCUUCACAACCGAAACAAACAUUUAAUAAUACUCAUGUCGCGGGUCAACAACUUCAACGUCAAGCUUCGCCCACCACAUAUCAACAUGAUUAUUACACUCCUCAACCAGCUUCUCAAUCAAGUUACUCCCCUCAAGCAGUUGAUUACUAUACGCCUUUAGAUAAUAAUAAUACCGGUUAUGCUAAUAACCAAUGGAAAGGUCAUGAGGUUUUAGAUUUCUAUGAAAAAGUCGAUAAAAGAAAGUCCGUUCGACAUGUAGAAUUGACAAGAGGAAAUUUGGUAUUGGAUUGCCCGGUACCAGACAAAGUUAUUAAAAAUGUUAGAAUCACCUCAGGGGAAGAAUUUACACAUAUGAGGUACACGGCGGUAACAUGUGAUCCAGAUAAUUUUAUUCAAAGUAAUUACCUGUUAAGGCCAUAUAUUUAUCAAAGACAAACCGAAUUAAUGAUCGUAAUGACAAUGUACAAUGAAGAUGAUCAACUAUUCAUUAAAACCAUGUCAUCAGCCAUUAAGAAUGUGGCUUAUCUAUGCACUAGGGAUCGAUCAAAAACGUGGGGAAGAGAAGGAUGGAAGAAGAUUGUGGUGGUCGUGGUAGCGGAUGGUCGUAAUAAAGUGAAUAAAAGAGUUCUUAAGGUACUUGGAGCGAUGGGUGUCUAUCAAGAUGGAAUCAUGCAAGAUAAUGUGGCAGGAAAACCGGUUACGGGUCAUUUAUUUGAAUACACGUCACAAUUGAUGGUUGACUCGAAUUUUGAUAUAAGAGGAGCGGAUAAGGGCAUCCCACCAGUACAAAUAUUAUUUUGCUUAAAAGAGAAGAACGCUAAAAAAUUAAACAGUCAUAGAUGGUUCUUUAACGCGUUUGCCGAGCAAUUAAAUCCAAAUGUGUGUAUUUUAUUGGACGUUGGAACCAAACCUUCGAGUACGUCAAUUUAUCAUUUAUGGAAAGCGUUUGAUAUGGAUCCUCAGAUUGGAGGAGCUUGUGGAGAAAUUCAAACGGAACUUGGACGUGGAUGCAUAAAUUUAGUUAAUCCAUUAGUGGCGUCACAAAAUUUUGAGUAUAAAAUGUCAAAUAUCUUGGACAAACCGUUGGAAUCGGUGUUUGGAUAUAUUUCCGUAUUACCGGGAGCCUUUUCAGCCUAUCGUUAUAGAGCGUUGCAAAAUACGUCAUCCGGUAAAGGACCUUUAGCAUCAUAUUUUAAAGGGGAAACGAUGCACGGUAGUGGGGAUGCCGGUAUAUUUGAAGCAAAUAUGUACUUGGCGGAGGAUCGUAUUUUAUGUUUUGAAUUGGUAGCGAAAAAACAUGAAUCAUGGAAAUUAAAAUAUGUAAAGUCCGCGAAGGCUGAAACCGAUGUACCCGAUAAUGUACCAGAAUUUAUCUCACAACGUCGUCGAUGGUUGAAUGGAUCUUUCUUUGCCGCAUUUUAUUCAAUCGCACACUUUACGCGUAUUUGGAGUUCGGGACAAUCAUUCUUUCGUAAAUUGCUACUUUCGGUUGAAUUUUUUUAUAAUGCCAUUCAAUUGUUAUUUAAUUGGUUCGCUUUAGGAAAUUUCUAUUUGGCAUUCUUUUUCUUGACUUCAGCCGUAACGAUUAACACAGCUACGGAUCCUUUUAGAGGAUAUGGGGAGAACUUAUUUAAUGUGGUUAGGUCAUUAUAUGGUAUGGUGAUUGUCACCAUCUUCAUUAGUUCAAUGGGAAACCGUCCUCAAGGUUCCAAAUGGAUAUAUAUAGGAUGUAUUAUAUUAUUCGCCUUGAUUAUGGCUACGAUGUUAUAUUGUGCAGGUUAUGCCGUAUAUUUGUCAUUAAUGGAUGCUAAUAUUAAAUUCAAUUCAUUCUCCAGUUUGAGAAAUGCGCUUAAAGAAGAUGAAUUUCGUGAUAUAGUCAUUUCAUUAUCCUCAACUUAUGGACUUUAUAUCUUUUCAAGUGUAAUUCACGGGGAACCAUGGCAUAUGAUAACUUGUUUACUACAAUAUAUUUUAAUGGUACCAUUUUAUGUUAACAUUUUGAUGGUUUAUGCAUUUUGUAAUACACAUGAUGUCUCUUGGGGUACAAAAGGUGAUAAUGGCAAUACUGGUGAAGGUAACGGUGCCCAACCCGUCGCUGGUACGGAUGGUAAAAAAUUAAUGCAAGUUCAAGUUCCAACAGAAAGAACUGAUAUCAAUGCUAUUUACGAUGAUUUGGUCGAUCAAUUAAAAUUAAAAGUAUAUGAAACUAAACAGCAUAGAGAUGCUGCCACCAAGAAAGAUGACUAUUAUAAAUUGUUUAGAACUAAUUUGGUAUUGGCUUGGAUGUUUUCAAAUGGUCUUUUGAUCGUUUUCUUCACUUCAAGCACUUGGAAUGAUUACGUCAAGCAUUAUUCUGGGACUCGUGCUUAUAAUCCUUAUUUAACGUUUGAACAUUCGGUUGCGUUUGGUAUUUGA